AUGUCGGACGGCGGAAGGGGACAGCCUAUCAACAAUAAAGCCUUUUCGAAGACUUUGUUACUCCCAAAGACAGCAUUUCCUCUUUGGACCGACCCGUCGAAGACUGAUCUCGCAUUUCGGAGCAAAACGUGCGACGGGUUGUAUAGGUGGCAGAACGAGCAUGCGACCGGGCCAUCCUUUGUCCUUCAUGACGGACCUCCAUAUGCCAAUGGGAAUCUCCAUAUGGGGCAUGCCUUGAAUAAAAUAUUGAAGGACAUAAUUAAUCGAUACCACGUAUCUUUGGGACACCGAGUACACUAUGUGCCAGGAUGGGAUUGCCACGGGUUACCCAUCGAGAAUAAGGCACUUCAAGGGCUCACAAGGGACAUUCAUAGUCUUUCACCACCCGUCAUUCGUUCCGCGGCAUUAAAGACUGCAAGGAAGGAGAUUGCACGCCAAAAGGAGGAAUUCCAGCAGCUCGGAAUAAUGGCAGAUUGGAGUGACGAGACGACGUAUCGCACGCUUGACCACGAGUAUGAGUUGAGACAGUUACGCGUGUUUCAGAAAAUGGUUGAGCAAGGUCUCAUCUAUCGUCAUUACCGCCCGGUGCACUACUCGCCGUCUUCCCGCUCUGCUCUAGCCGAAGCUGAAUUGGUAUACCGUGAUGAUCAUAUCUCUCAUUCCGUCUACGUCGCUUUUACGAUCGAUCCUCAGUCAGGAAGUAUGAGCUCCACGCUUCGAGGCUUGCUUGCCAAGGAGACGAGUGUGUGUCUACUGGUUUGGACCACGACACCAUGGACGUUGACUGCAAACAUGGGGAUUGCUGUGCAUACGGAUAUCGACUAUGUCUUAGUACGAUCAACGUCAGAAACAGCAGAUAAGGUCUUCAUCGUUGCGGCAGAACGCCUCUCUGCCCUGGCACAUGUCACCGGAGAGGUCGAGGUCCUUGCCAUUGUGAAAGGUUCUGACCUGGUUGGCACCGCCUAUCUACCCCUGUUUACGUCUAUCGCCCCGGCUAUCCAUCCUUCACAGCCGUUACGUAUCGUUCCUUCCUCGCAUGUUACCGCGGAAUCCGGCACGGGCCUCGUCCAUUGUGCCCCUGCGCACGGAGCUGAGGAUUACAAUGCAUUCCGGGCCCUUGGUCUUAUCACUUCUUCGUCAACUAUCCUCUGUCAUGUUGGCCGGGAAGGCACAUUCACUGAUGAAGUCGCUCAGGUAGUCGGGGAGACCGUAGGCAGGUUGUUAGGUGGUCAAGCAGUGCUGAAAGAAGGAUCCAUGGCCGUCAUCCAACUAUUAAAAGAAAUCGGAGUUCUUGUCAAAUUGGAGAAAAUCAAGCACCGUUAUCCGUACGAUUGGAAGACUAACGAGCCCAUCAUUGUAACCGCGACUUCUCAAUGGUUUGCAAAUUUAGACAACAUUAAGGAGAACGCGCUUCGGGCUCUCCAAGACGUGUCAUUCUUCCCACAAGCUUCUCGCAACCGCCUGGAAUCCUUCAUUAAAUCCCGAUCCGAAUGGUGCAUCUCGCGACAACGUGUUUGGGGCGUCCCCAUCCCCUCGCUCCAUCACAUUGCGACUGACCGUGCGAUUUUGGACUCGGAAACGCUUGACCAUAUUUUGAACGUUCUCCGGGACAAGGGUGUUGCGUACUGGUGGAAUGGACCUACUGAAGCGUUUGUCCCGCCAAAGCUGCUCGCGGACGGUCAAAACGCGAACGAGAUAUGGAGGAAGGGGACAGACACUAUGGAUGUGUGGUUCGACAGUGGUUCAUCGUGGUCAAUGCUGGAGACACGGGAGGGAAGACCCCACGCAGAUGUUUGCUUAGAGGGAUCUGACCAGCAUCGUGGGUGGUUCCAAAGCCAACUACUGACCGCCGUUGGAGUUUCCAGUCCCAACUCGCACGAUGCCAAGGCACCAUACGGGACCCUCAUAACACAUGGGAUGGUACUUGAUCAAGAGGGCAAGAAGAUGAGCAAGUCGCUAGGGAAUGUCAUUAGUCCGAUGAUGGUCAUCAGGGGAGGAGAGGACAAAAAAAAUGAACCAGCCUACGGAGCAGACGUCCUCCGUAUAUGGGCAGCAACUGUUGAGUAUUGGCGCGAUAUGUCCAUUGGUCCGACAAUCUUGGCCCAGGCGGCCGAGUCCCUGCGGAAACUACGCAAUUCGGCACGUUUCAUACUCGGCAACAUCGGCACAACAGAGCAUCGGAAGGAUUUUGUGCGGGUCGAACAGAAAGACCUCGGUUUAGCUGAACGAUACGUAAUGCACGAGUUGUAUAUCCUUGAGCGGACGGCAUUAGAUGGUUACAAUACCUAUAACUUCCCGAAAAUAAUCACUGCGCUCAAUUCCUUCGCAAACGUUACCAUGUCCUCUCUCUAUUUCGACAUCACUAAGGAUUGCUUGUACGCCGAUAGCGUGACAAGCUUCGAUCGGAGGGCUGUGGUCACUGUCCUUGAGCGGGUUCUAGAUACCAUGGUUCAUAUCAUGGCACCUGUGGUGCCUUACCUUGCCGAGGAGAUUCACCACGCUGUGAAGGGUAGUAGUGAUAAGUCAGUUGACCAAUCUGUGUUUACAAAAAAGUGGAUACCCUUGCCCGCGGAAUGGGAGGAUUCCUCUGCUCAUAGGGACAUGGCUGAACUACUCCGCAUCCGCGGUGCCGUGUUGUCCUUGCUGGAGAAAGCACGAGAGGAUAAAAAAUUAAAAAACUCAUUAGAAGCCGAAGUCGAUAUUCUUGUACCAGAUGGCACCUCGGAGGGUGUGCCGCUCGUCGAACUUUUAAGGCGCGAAGAGUCCUUCCUCAAGACACUCUUUAUUGUGUCCGAUGCGUCAUUGGCUGAUGAGGGAUCGUUGGGUACUUCGUCGCCGGAGUGGACGUACUCCGACUCGAUACCAAUAAUGGGCUCCGAGGAAGAGAUAGUGGUUCGUGUUCGCACCGCAACCCAAAGCAAGUGCCCCAGAUGUUGGACGUAUACGCGGCCUGAAGAGGACAUACUCUGCGAGAGAUGCUCAAAGGCUGUUCCAACUCCAGCAUAAAGUCUCUUACAUCGCAAUCUUUAUUCGUAGAUAUUCCCAAUGUAACUUAUCACCAGCGCAACUCAGUAUUUUGGGUCUUCAUCGC